GUGCGACUCACGCGGUAAUUUGAUCAUGAUAGCUGUAGCAACGCGGUAAGAUAGGAGUCAUAUUUGAUUUGAGAUUAUUGACUGAUUUGUUGUAUCACUACCUUUAAUUGGGCAGUUGCAGUUAGUUAGCAGCUAAUUUAGCUGGGAAUAUACACGGAUCUUAUCGGGAGAUUUACUCCAACUGCACUUCCAACCAACUGAUCGAUCGAUCGGUGAGCAACUCGAGUUGCUCACUACACAACUGUAGUGUGUUGUCUGCGGUUGGACCCCCUAUUAUUCUUAGAGGCUAGUAGCAACUGCUAAGAAUAAUAGUGUUUUUCACUUAUGUAUGGUAGAAUUGAGGGAAGUUGUGUUUGCAGUUGUUGUUAUUGAGUUAUAAGACACAAAAAUGCCAUUUAGAUUUACUUAUCAUCUGAAAAUCUUAAGCGAUUCCCACUGUUGCUCUAAUAAUUUCCCUCACUAAUGAUCACUGAUUUUUUAAUUCUUUAACUUUUCGUCUAUUGAACUGUCAGCAAAUAUGUAGAACACGAAAGCUAAAGUAUUUCCAGUUUCCUGAAAAUCGCACUCAUUUUGCCUAAGUUCCUGAUUACCGACUUAACUAUAUUUAUCGAUAUAGACGUGCAUGGAAGAGGCGUGUGUUGUGGAUCUGUAUACAGACCUAAUAUAAAUAAGAAAUCAUUUGUCCCGUAUUUCUCAGAUUCGAAACACAUCUUAGUGCCUAGCUUGCCGAUUUCAAUCAUGGAGCAGUAUCAUCUGAUCUUUAAUAAAUAACAUUCAUAACAUUCUCUGUUUACUAACGAUGCAAGUGGUUGAUUGUUGCUUCGCAAUGUUAAGUAGUUAGUCUGAACAGUAAUCUAUCAGUAUAUGGAAACUUCCUGAAUGAAGUAACAAAGAUCUGAGAAUUUGUGUUUGUAAGGUUUUUUGUUUUGACCUUCACACAGUCAGCUAUAUGAGGUUCCGCAAAGGAUAAACCAGUACAUGAAUUCAUAGUUUAAACCAGACAGUAUAUUGACCGAAUAUUUCACUAUGUAUGUUUUGUAUGCCAGUUUUCAGCAAAUGUCUUUCGUUUUUAGUCGGACGAUGAGACUUUAUUGAAUUUUGUUGUUAAGGCUGUGUCAUGAGGAUUUAAAGUUGUGAAUUGACCAUUCCGAGUCUUUGUACGUGAUCGACCAAAAAAAUAAAGUUCUUAGGAUAUUAUUCGUUCUCUAUCCAUCUGUAAGCCCACUGGCUCAUUCAUUUAACAUAUAUUAAAAGGAAUGAAAUACUAAGUCACUCAUUUGCAACAUGGGACCUGAAACGCGUGCGUCGGUUCGAGUCGCUAUACGACAUUAGCAUAGUGAAGUAAAAUUAUCAAGAUAUCGGAGAGUAAUUGAAGUAGUAACAGUAUCAGUAGUUGUAGUAGUAGCAGUAAUGGCGGUAGAAAAUAUUAAGUAUAUGAACGAAGUGUCAUGAGAUUUCAGGAUUAAGGUUCUAAAGGAAGACAGGAAGUAAAUGCACCUGUGCGACCGCGAGCGAUUCUGAGCCAUAUCCACCAAAGCUUAACCAUUGAUUAUGAUAAUCAAACGGACCCCAAACAGGCAGUCUACACCUAUUUAUGUGGUUUAGUUAAACUAUCAGUUGCUCAUAAACUGCUCCCGCGUGUUGGUUUGGCUCCAUCUUAAUUUUAUCGGCUUAGUCUUACAUCUGGUAGCCUGUUCUAUGCUAUAUUGAAGAGCUCUGUAGUUGUCUGUGCUACGAACGUUACACAGAUCUCAAGUAAAGUGAAUCACCACAUACAUAAAAACUAAGGUAAGUUUGUUGAUGUUGUUGUUCAUAACCCACCCGAACCUAGUUAACUCAAAUUUCAGUUUCUCUUCUGGUCUAGAUUGUGGUGUCAGACUUACUUUUUGUUUUCCGACAUAGUGGAAUACCGGGUUUUCCUGACGAAUGGAUUAUGAUUUUGUAAAACACUUAGGUACAGAUUGUCCAUAGUGAAAUAUGUUGAUGUAAAAUUAAGUCAAAGCAUUGGCCAAAGUUCUCAAUGUUUCUACGCUAUUAGUCAGAUUUUCUGUUUUUAUUUUCUUGCUACAUAGGUCGUGAUACUCAACAUAGAGUUCUGCCUUUUCACAGCGAAAACUACUCCACAAAUUUAGUGGUUCAAGAUGAAGUCUAAUCCAGACUCACCGAUUAUUUCAAUAAGUCCGAGGCAUUAUAUUCAUGUGCUAAACUUGAAUACUCAUGUCACCUCACUUGUUGUUGGACCUAAAACAUAUGUUUGCCAACAGGAUGAAAAGAUUGUUCUCGGACCUGAGGAACUAACUGUCGUCCCGACGAUGAUGUACUGUGUGAUUCGAAACCCUGUUAUAACAGACAAAGAUGGUGUUCCAGUAGUCGAUAAAUAUGGACAGGUUAAAGUUCGAAUGGGUGACGAGGAGUACCGUUUCGCCCAAGACCCUUUCCCAUUGUAUCCAGGUGAAGCUUUAAAGGAUAUCGUUAGGCCUCUACCUGUUGUUCUGCCAAACUCGGCACUCAGAUUACGAGCCGUUUCGGAUUUCGAAGAUGGAAACGUUAAUCGAAUAGCUGGAGAGGAAUGGUUGUUUGAAGGACCUGGUACCUAUUACCCUAGAAAAGAGGUUGAAAUCAUAAAAUGCGAGCAAGCCAAAGUAAUUCUUGUCAACUCUGCUCUUGUAAUGGAGGCCACGAAAGACUGCGUCGAUCGAGGUGGUGUUCCUCGUGUUUACGGUGAACGAUGGUUAGUGACGACACCAGGUGCAUACCUCCCUGGUGUCUAUGAGCAAAUUGUCGACGAACGCAAAGCGAUUACACUAACAGACAGACGAGCGAUAUGUGUCAAAGCUGUUAAGUCUCAUUGUGACAAGUUCGGGAAAUAUCGCAAAGCUGGUGAAGAGUGGUUAAUUACACAUGAAGAUGCGGAGUAUCACAUUUGCAGCGCACUUGAGGAGUUUGUGAAAGAGGUUGAUGUUACAAUCCUACGUGUCCAUCAGUUUUGUGUGGUAGUCAACCCUUGGGAUGAGAACGGUGUUCCUCAGUUAGGGAGAAAAUUAUUAGUACGUGGUGAGAAGUCAUUCUUUCUGAGACCAGGAGAGUAUUUGGAAACGGGAGUUCAAGAUGCUUAUAUUUUGCAGAACGACGAAGGCCUUAUUCUUCGAGCUAAAGAACAGUUUGUUGACGAUAUAUGUGGGGACGCUAUAUCUGAGGGGGACUCUGUAAAGCAGAAAUGUAUACGUCGUCCUGGUGAUCGGUGGAUGUUACGCGGACCCAUCGAAUACAUACCUCCUGUCGAAGUGGAUGUGAUAGACCGUCGUAAUGUAAUUCCUCUCGAUUGUAAUGAAGGGAUCUAUGUUCGUAAUAUGCAAACAGGACAAGUUCGUGCUGUUAUUGGUGAAGCUUAUAUGUUAAAUCAAGAUGAAGAAUUAUGGGAGAAGAAACUCCCACCUGAGGUUGUUCAGUUGCUCGAAAGUAAUAUUGACCCAUUUGCUGACCGCGGAGUUCGAUCUCCUCCAGAUUCAGUUAACCGUCUUGACCCAACUCGUGUAGUUACUUUCCGUGUUCCACACAAUGCUGCAGUUCAAAUUUAUGACUAUAAAAAUAAAAGGGCAAGAGUCGAGUUUGGACCAAAUUUAGCUAUGUUAGGACCGGAUGAACAAUUUACUCGUUUGAGCCUGAGUGGUGGGAAACCGAAGAAACCGAAUGUGAUUAAAAGUCUAUGUUUACUGUUAGGUCCAGAUUUUUGUACCGAUGUUGUAAUUGUUGAAACUGCGGACCAUGCUCGCUUGUCUUUGCAACUAUCGUACAAUUGGGUGUUCGAUGUCUCUCCAUCAUGCAGUGCAGCCGAUGCUGCUAAGUUAUUUUCAGUACCUGAUUUUGUUGGAGAUGCUUGUAAAGCUAUUGCAUCUCGUGUUCGUGGCACUGUUGCAUCUGUCCAAUUCGAUGAUUUUCAUAAGCACUCAUCACGAAUUAUUCGUGCCUCCGUAUUCGGAUUGGAUGAAGCUGGAAAGGUUCGGGAUCGAAUAGUUUUUCCUCAAAAUAACCUGCAUAUUACAAGCGUGGAUGUACAGUCUGUGGAGCCAGUGGAUCAACGAACUCGGGAUUCGUUGCAGAAGUCAGUCCAACUUGCCAUUGAGAUAACGACCAAUUCGCAAGAGGCAGCUGCACGUCACGAAGCGGAAAGACUCGAACAGGAAGCCAGAGGUCGGUUAGAGCGUCAAAGAAUUGAGGAUGAAGCGGCUGCUGAACAAGCCAGGCGUAAUUUGCUUGAAAUCCGAGUGCAACUGGCUGCACUAGAAAGUAGUAGUCAAGCGAAGGCCGAAGCAGAGAGUCGAGCUGAGGCGAAUCGUAUUUCCAGUCAAGCUGCAGUAGAAGAAGCUAAACUUCGAGCAGAAGCCUUAUCUAUUGAAACGAAUGCAGAAUUAGAAAGACUCAAAUUGGCUCGAGCUGCAGAGAUCGCCUAUAUCAAGGAAAAGAAUGAAUUAGCUCUAAAGUAUAAGGAAGACGAAACAGAAAUCGAGAAAUCGCGUUUCAUUUCAAUGGUGAAUGCAUUAGGUGCAGAUACACUACGUGCAAUGGCAACAGCCGAAUCAGACCAUAAUCUACGCAUGUUGAACGCUUUGGGCCUACAAAGUACAUUAAUUACAGAUGGGACGACACCAGUGAAUUUGUUAACUACCGCUCAUGGUUUAAUUGGUUCAGUGUUUGAAGGUUCUUCUCGUAAACGUGCUUCAGAGGUUUCAGGCAACGUAGAUGAAAAAUGAAGCUCAAUCGAUAUUUACUGUUUACAUUCAUGAGUUUGCUUUAAUCUAUUUCUUUAUACUUGCUUGAUUUUUUAAUGUAUUGUUUCAACAUACUUUUUUCAUGGUUGGCUGUGACGAUUUCUUCAAAUGAAUACUUAAUAAAAUAUGUGAUACUUGUGCUAUCCAAAGUGUGUUUUUUAUUUAUCAUGUUUCUACUUGUAUUAGUUUUGCUGUUGUUCAGAAUAUAAUUGAGUGUUUCAC